CCAAGGCCUGGCUGAAUGACAUCGGCCUGUCCCAGUACUCCCAGGCCUUCCAAAACCACCUGGUUGACGGGCGGAUGCUGAAUUCCCUGAUGAAGCGGGACCUGGAGAAGCAUCUGAACGUGUCCAAGAAGUUCCACCAGGCUCUCCAGGAGCGUCGGGCCCGCUGCGAGACACAGAAUACUGACCCCGUGGUCUGGACCAACCAGCGGGUGCUCAAGUGGGUGCGAGAUAUCGACCUAAAGGAGUACGCAGACAACCUGACCAACAGUGGCGUCCACGGUGCUGUACUGGUGCUGGAACCCACGUUCAAUGCCGAGGCCAUGGCCACUGCCCUGGGCAUCCCCAGUGGGAAGCACAUCCUCCGGAGACACCUGGCAGAAGAGAUGAGCACCAUCUUCCACCCAGCCAACUCCACAGGCAUCCGGGAGGCUGAGCGUUUUGGGACGCCCCCCGGGAGGGCCUCCAGCACUCCCCGGGCAGGAAAGGAGGAGAACAGCAGUGGCACCAAGCACAAGGCUGGCCGGCUGCCCCUGGGGAAGAUAGGAAGGGGCUUCAGCAGCAAAGACCCCGAUUUCCAUGAUGACUAUGGCUCUCUUCAAAACGAAGACUGUGGAGAUGAUGACCCCCAGGGCAGGCCAGAGCAGUGCCGUCUGGAAGGCUACAAUGGCCUGGAGGUCACCAACGUGUAAGGAACCAAUGGCUUCAUCAGACCCAACACAGAGAGACCCAGGAAGGAGAAGCAGCCCGAUGGCCCCCGG